CAUCACCGUCAAGUCCCCCACAUUCACUAAUAUCUGCAAAAAUUUUCCCUCCCUUUUCAUAGUUCUCCGAGAGAGAUAGAGUUGUUCGAUGGAGACGAGCAAGACCACAGAGGGAGGCAACGACAACGAGAAGCUUGUUGCUGUUGUUGAUGUUGGUGCUGAGGGCGAGGCUACUACUGCUAAUGCUACUGCUACUGUGUCUGAGACGAUGAAGAUUAAGAAGAAGAAGAAGAAUCACAUUCAGGUCUCCAACACCAAGAAGCCUCUCGUCUUCUAUCUCAAUCUUGCCAAGAGGUACAUAAACCAGUACAAUGAUGUAAAACUCUCUGCCUUGGGCAUGGCAAUUCCUACUGUUGUCACAAUCUCCGAGAUUCUGAAACGUAAUGGACUAGCAAUCGAGAAAAAGAUAGCGAUAUCCUCUGUUGGUUCAAAGGAUGAGGAGAAAGGCCGGAUGGUUCAGAAAGCACAGCUUGAAAUUGUGCUGGCAAAGGCUGAGAAAGUCGACAAGACCACUGUUGCUACAUCACCAAAGAAUGACAUUUGAAAUUGUUCUGGAGUGUGAUUUUCACAUUUAUCUUUUUUUCCAAUCUUACAUGCAGUUUAGAGUAGGCGAAGAAUGACAAGUCUCUUGGUUGGUAUGUGGUUCCUUCCAAUUAGAGCUGCUGCCAACAUGAUGAAAGUAGAGACGGCCCACUGCGAGAAGAUAUGAUCUGAUGGAACCUUGGCAUCUGCAUUUCUUCUUUUAGUUUCUCCUUUUCUCGGCGUUAUUGAAGUCACAUUUACCCUCAAUGUGUACAUACUGUUUCAUUUUACUGCCAACAUAAUAGAAGGAUGUACAAAUUUACAGAUC